CGGCGUUUACAUCCACAAAUCGUCCCGAGUCGUUUCCUUCGGUAUUAGAUUUGCUUUGAGGCAUAAGUCAGAGAGAGACUGAGAUCUUAGAUCUGAAUCGCCCACAUCGCAAUCGCCAAAGCUUUGAGAAAAAUGGAGACUUUCCUAUUCACAUCCGAGUCCGUGAACGAAGGACACCCAGACAAGCUUUGCGACCAGAUCUCUGACGCAGUCCUCGAUGCCUGCCUUGAGCAAGACCCUGACAGCAAAGUCGCCUGUGAGACUUGCACCAAGACCAACAUGGUCAUGGUCUUCGGUGAGAUCACCACCAAGGCUACCGUCGACUACGAGAAGAUCGUCCGUGACACUUGCCGCUCCAUUGGAUUCAUCUCUGAUGAUGUUGGUCUCGACGCUGACAAAUGCAAAGUCCUUGUCAACAUCGAGCAACAGAGCCCAGACAUUGCUCAAGGUGUUCACGGUCACUUCACCAAGCGCCCGGAAGAAAUUGGAGCUGGUGACCAGGGUCACAUGUUUGGUUACGCCACUGACGAGACCCCUGAGCUCAUGCCUCUGAGCCAUGUUCUUGCGACCAAGAUCGGUGCUAAACUUACUGAAGUGAGGAAGAACGGAACUUGCCGUUGGUUAAGACCAGACGGCAAGACCCAAGUCACUGUCGAGUACUACAACGACAACGGAGCCAUGGUUCCAGUCCGUGUCCACACCGUCCUUAUCUCAACCCAGCACGAUGAGACCGUGACCAACGAGGAGAUCGCACGUGACCUCAAGGAGCACGUGAUCAAACCAAUCAUCCCGGAGAAGUACCUUGACGACAAAACCAUCUUCCACCUCAACCCAUCAGGCCGGUUCGUGAUCGGUGGACCACACGGUGACGCCGGUUUAACCGGACGUAAGAUCAUCAUCGACACUUACGGAGGAUGGGGAGCUCACGGAGGAGGUGCUUUCUCAGGGAAAGACCCGACCAAAGUCGACAGAAGCGGAGCUUACAUCGUGAGGCAAGCCGCCAAGAGCGUGGUUGCUAAUGGAAUGGCUCGUAGGGCUCUUGUCCAGGUCUCGUACGCCAUUGGAGUUCCCGAGCCGUUGUCUGUGUUCGUGGACACUUACGGAACAGGGUUGAUUCCAGACAAGGAGAUACUGAAGAUCGUGAAAGAGAGCUUCGAUUUCAGACCAGGGAUGAUGACUAUUAACUUGGACUUGAAGAGAGGAGGCAAUGGAAGGUUUUUGAAAACGGCGGCGUAUGGACAUUUCGGAAGAGACGACCCUGACUUCACCUGGGAGGUCGUGAAGCCACUCAAGUGGGACAAACCUCAGGCUUAAGAUUCUUAUUAUUACUAUCAUGAUUUUUAGUAUUUUCUAUGCUUGUUUCUAUCCUCUUCACUUUUAAACAUCUGCUUGAUCAAUAAUCAACCCCCUCUGUUUUGGGUUUUUAUUUUAUUUUCUGUAUUUCUGAAUGAAAGUUUUCUGGUUUGUCUGAUC